UUGAACGCAUCCUUCACCGCUCUCCAGCAACAAUGGCUACGAUCUGUCAAACAUGGAGACCGGACCGAGGACGAUGCUUCAAAACCUGCGGGAUUAUGACUCUGUUGGUCCUGGACCUGGUCUUACAGUGUGUGAACGGAUACCUGAGCUCCCCUCAUGUUGGCCAGGAGCCCCCUUACACCAGAGAUGCCCAGCAUGGUCCUGUCAUCACCAGCCCACUGGUCCCUGCUGCAUCUUCAGUGUCUCCUUCUGAUGAAGAGAACUACACCUCCAACUGUCCAAGUGGGGGUUUGUGUAGUCGCCUGCCAGAUGAUUGCAUUCAGUGCAAUUACCAGUACAACUGCACCUAUGGGAAACCAGCCUCAUUCACUUGUAAACCCAAGAAAGGGAUUCACUGUAUAGGAGAGUCAGGACAGCAGCAAACCAACUUCUCCCUCUCCAUCAUCUGUCAGUUCUGCUGGCAGCUGGAUCCGUCCCAGUAUCGCUGCUCAAACUCCACCAACUGUAUGACAGUGUCCUGCCCACGCAAGCGCUACAAUGCCACGUGUGACGUGUUAGACCACGUACAUUGUUUAGGUAAAAGGCGUUUCCUGAAACGUUUAUUUUGUGACUGGACUGGAGGAUAUAAAUGGUCCACAGCCUUAGCACUCAGCAUCACACUUGGCGGUUUUGGGGCAGACCGAUUUUAUCUGGGCCAGUGGAGAGAGGGUCUGGGCAAACUGUUCAGCUUCGGAGGCCUGGGUAUUUGGACUUUGAUCGAUGUUCUUCUGAUUGGGGUUGGUUAUGUAGGACCCGCUGACGGUUCUCUCUACAUCUGAGGCGAAGCCCCGGAGACGUGGUUGAAUGGUUGAUAUCGCUUCCGCUUCAAUCUCAAAAGAGUGCAGAUCUGAGAUGCUGUGUCCUUAGCACGUUUCUCCUGACCCAGCUUGCUGCGCAACACGUCCUCAUCCCAUCUGCUAACAGGCAGGAAGCGCUUUCCUCAUCACACCAAUGAUGACUCUACCCACACAACCAUCAGAUCAAUCCCAAUCACUCUGCGUCUGUCUCCUUGUGAGAUUUCUGCAGAUGAAGCUGUGCGGGGGGGAUGAGGAGCAAUUAAUUACCUCUCUAUGGUUGGUUUGACUUAACUGGUGGUUAGGCUCUGACAUGCUGAUAUAUACAUAGGUUGAGUUUCCUGUGGAGGCCUACUUUCAUAGACAUCCUGUCACAUAGGAGUCGCUCAUUGCUCCUCCCUUGUUGCCAGGUGAAAGAUUCACUGGUGGGGUUGUCAAAUGGUAACCAUGGCCACAGAGCUUUUUAUGGUGACACCAGACACAAUUGACAAGCUUAAGUGUAAUAUUGAUGUCCUAAAAGUGCAUGAAUAUGCAGAAGGGAAUAUGUGAAGUGUUUUUAUUGAAAGGUGAUACAGUAGUUGCUCCUCUGGAGGAUUUUUAUGGUUAAUUUGCAUGUUCAAUGUUGAUCAUACACAGAACGCACAGUGCAGGCCACAACUGUUACAACGUUCCCUCCCAAGGGUUGACGCCCCCCUGACCUGCUUCAACACGCAGUCUGAUUUGAUUGAAAAUGCACAGAUAACAAUCUCUAACAGAACUUGUUUGCACAUUACACAACAGAUAUUGCAACACCUUUUAAUGUGUUUCACUGGCAAACUGCAGUUUCUUGUGGUUUCCCGUGUUGGAGAUGAUGGAGAUAUAUCCUGUGCAUUCAACCAGCAUUUUUCCCCUCAAACUCAUCAUCUCAUUCUUCACAUUGUUUAGAAAGGUAUUGUCUGUAUACUAACACUGUAAGAUCUGAGCUUUAGACUCGGAGGCACACCUCACUUCAUGUAAAUAUGUUUUCAGUUUCAGGUCAUUGUAAUUUCUUGGGACACUGUAAAUUACUUUUUAAGUGAUGUAAAUAAAACAGUGUGCAAUUUUGAAA